AUGCUUCCUUCCCCACCAAAGCAGGAGGAAGGGCUCCAUCAGUUGUGGCCAGAGGCUGCCCGUCCACACCAAAGCAGGAGGAAGGUCUCCACCAGCAAGAGGCCAGAAGCUGCCCGUCCCCGCCAAAGCAGGAGGAAGGGCACUGGCAGCUGCCCAUCCCCGCCAAAGCAGGAGGAAGGGCUCCACUGGCAGCUGCCCGUCCCUGCUGGAGCAGGAGGAAGGGCUCCACCAGCAGCUGCCCGUCCCUGCUGGAGCAGGAGGAAGGGCUCCACCGGCAGCUGCCCGUCCCCGCUGGAGAAGGAGGAAGAGCUCCACCGGCAGCUGCCCGUCCCCGCUGGAGCAGGAGGAAGGGCUCCACCAGCAGCUGCCCGUCCCCGCCGGAGCAGGAGGAAGGGCUCCACUAGCAGCUGCCUGUCCCCGCUGGAGAAGGAGGAUGAGCUCCACCGGCACCUGCCCGUCCCUGCCGGAGCAGAAGGAAGGGCUCCACCAGCAGCUGCCCGUCCCUGCCGGAGCAGGAGGAAGGGCUCCACCAGCAGCUGCCCGUCCCCGCCGGAGCAGGAGGAAGGGCUCCACCAGCAGCUGCCCGUCCCCGCUGGAGCAGGAGGAAGGGCUCCACCAGCAGCUGCCCGUCCCCGCUGGAGCAGGAGGAAGGGCUCCACCAGCAGCUGCCCGUCCUCGCCGAAGCAGGAGGAAGGGCUCCACCAGCAGCUGCCCAUCCCUGCUGGAGCAGGAGGAAGUGCUCCACCAGCAGCUGCCCGUCCCCACUGGAGAAGGAGGAAGGGCUCCACCGGCAGCUGCCCGUCCCCGCUGGAGAAGGAGGAAGAGCUCCACCGGCAGCUGCCCGUCCCCGCCGGAGAGGAGGCAAAAGGGAAGGGCUCCACCGGCAGCUGCCCGUCCAUGCCUUGGAGAGGAGGAAAAGGAGCUCCACUGGCAGCUGCCCGUCCCCACCGGAGCAGGAGAAAGGGCUCCACCGGCAGCUGCCCGUCCCUGCCGGAGCAGGAGGAAGGGCUCCACCGGCAUCUGCCCGUCCCUGCUGGAGAAGGAGGAAGAGCUCCACCGGCAGCUGCCCGUCCCCGCCGGAGCAGGAGGAAGGGCUCCACCGGCAGCUGCCCGUCCCCGCUGGAGAAGGAGGAAGAGCUCCACCGGCAGCUGCCCGUCCCCGCCGGAGCAGGAGGAAGGGCUCCACCGGCAGCUGCCCGUCCCUGCUGGAGAAGGAGGAAGAGCUCCACCGGCAGCUGCCCGUCCCCACCGGAGCAGGAGGAAGGGCUCCACCAGCAGCUGCCCGUCCCCGCUGGAGAAGGAGGAAGAGCUCCACCGGCAGCUGCCCGUCCCCGCAGGAGGAAGGGCUCCACCAGCAGCUGCCCGUCCCGCUGGAGAACGGAGGAAGAGCUCCACGGCAGCUGCCCAGUCCCCGCGGAGUAA